GGGAUUAAGCAGAUCCAGCACCUUUUCUGGAUCACCCAGAGUGGUAAUCACUGAUUUUAUACCCAGUGGUUGUGCCCGGGGGCUGCUUUAGGGCACUCUAUAAUGGGUUUUUUUAAUCUUUGUAUUUGUGAAAUGGUUGUUAGACCUGCAGUUUUUUUCCUAGUGAAUAAGACUUUGCUUUGUUGGAGCCAAAAAGGACACUUGCCCUCCAUAAUUGAGUUUAGACACUUGGAAGUUUAUUGACAAUAUGAAAUGCUUGUUUUAUUCAUGCAGAAACCACUUCUGUUGUACCUUGUCUUUGUAUGGUGUAGUAAAGGCUACAGUAAUGUACUUGCUCUAGACUUCAGCAUUGAAUGUCAAAGUAAACAUUCCCCUUAUGUAACAUUUUAAUGCUGCCACUUCCAGCAAUCUGCAUACUGAUAGGCUUACGAGCCAUUGAACAUGAUUCAUUGGUGUAGUGCAGCUGACCUCUAACCCUCCUAUCAUUGAUAAAAAGCUCAAGCUUUAAAUCUCUGGCGAUAGUUUACUGACUUCAUUACUACUAUAAUUCAACUCACUAAGAUGCACUGCUUAAUUGUCAUUUCGUCGACCCUCCUCUUCUCAUCCGGCGAUGCACUCCUGGCUCCUUGUGACAGUCAGAUCUACUGCACUGGAGAAGUCCUCCGACAGGUCCAGAUGGCUAAACUGUUUGAUGAUGACAAGUACUUUGUAGAUAUGACGUUAACUACAGCUCCCGAGGUUGUGUUGGAGGCCUUUACCAAUCUGAGUUCAGUAUUCCCAGACAAGGCCGUACCAUCUCUUGAGUUAAAGAAAUUCCUGCAAACAUACUUUAAGGAGCCGGGCAAUGAGUUUGAGCGGUGGACUCCUACAGACUGGCAUUCAAAGCCAAACUUUUUAUCCAAAGUGUCUGACUCAAAAUAUCGCAGCUGGGCUGAAGAGCUCCACAGUUUGUGGAAGUCGCUUGGUCGAAAGAUCCGUGAUGAUGUGAGAGACCACCCAGAGCUGUACUCGCAGAUUUACACCCCACACCCAGUGGUUGUGCCCGGGGGCCGCUUUAGGGAACUUUAUUACUGGGACUCCUAUUGGGUAAUUAAUGGUCUCCUUUUAUCUGAGAUGACUGAGACAGCCAGAGGAAUGAUUCUCAACUUUGUGUACUUGGUAGAAAGAUAUGGCAUUGUCCCAAAUGGUGGUCGUGUUUAUUAUGAGCGGCGCAGUCAGCCUCCAUUUCUUCCUCUAAUGGUGGAACGCUUCUACGAGGCCACCGGAGACAAAGACUUCCUCAGGCAGGUUUUGCCAGCACUGGAAAGAGAGUACAGCUUUUGGAUGCAGAAUCGGUCGGUUGAUGUGAUGACGAGUGAACUGACUCACAUCCUGAAUCGAUAUAAUGUGCCGGUGGACCAUCCCAGGCCUGAGUCCUACAGUGACGAUGUAGAGCUGGCUGAGGGUCUGUCAACAGAGGCUCAGAAGCAGCUCUGGAUGGACUUGACGUCUGGUGCGGAGUCCGGAUGGGAUUUCUCCUCUCGCUGGUUUAUUGACGACACGGGCAGAAACAACGGCAGCCUCAGAGACACACAGACGAGCUCCAUCCUGCCUGCUGACCUCAAUGCCAUCAUGUGCCGCAACGAGCGUCUGCUGGCCUCCUUUCACAGGAGUCUGGGUAAUGAAGAGAAGGCCCUGAAAUACGAGAAGGCUCUCUCUGCUAGAAUUAAAGCUGUGGAGAGUCUGCUGUGGGAUGCAGAGAAAGGGGCCUGGUUUGAUUACAACCUGGUAAACAAGACCCGUCACCUGUCCUUCUACCCGUCUAACCUGGCACCUCUGUGGGCACAGUGUUACUCUAAGUCGGAGAUGAGCGAUCAGGCUGUCCAGUACCUGAGGGAUAGCGGAGGUCUGGAUUAUCCUAAUGGCAUUCCCACCUCUCUCAGUGACAGUGGUCAGCAGUGGGAUAUGCCCAACGCCUGGCCUCCACUCCAGCACAUCAUCAUUGAAGGUCUCUCCGGGCUCCAUUCAGCCCACGCUCAAGAGCUCGCCUUCAGCUUGGCCCAGCGGUGGAUUCAGACCAACUGGCGGGCAUUCAUCAAAUAUGAAGCCAUGUUUGAGAAGUACGAUGUCAGCGGUGAUGGAAAGCCCGGAGGAGGUGGCGAGUAUGAAGUUCAGUUGGGAUUUGGAUGGACCAAUGGGGUUGCUCUGCAGCUGUUGGAUCAGUAUGGUGAUAGGCUGAGCUCUGGAGGGCGUGUCCCAGUGUGUUCCAGCGCUCUAAUUGGACUGGUCUAUGCCGUCUUAAAAUCUCUAUUCUGAUCCUCAUCUGUGAUAUGUCUGGAGGCUGAACAAGAAAAACACAUGAGAAAAUCCAGCAUCACUAUUCAACAGUUGAAGCUGAGUUCAAUCAAUGUCUUUCUGUUUUAUUUUCAAGCCUUUUGAUCUCCUGGUUUGCCAUUUAUUUGUAGAAUCAAUUCACCUUUGUCUGAAUGUACCUCAAGGGCCAGUCUUACAUAUUUCAACAUUAAACUGUACUCGAAGGUG